AUGAUACGAGUGGUAAAACGAUUUUCAAGUAAGAAUACUUCAACAUUAUUAAGAGCACAAUUAGAUAUAAAUUAUAUAAUUCAAAAUAAGAAUUUAUUUGAACUGUCAAUUAAAAGAAGAGGUUUGUCAUCAAAUUUACUUGCAAAUUUAAAUUUUAUAAUAACAAAUAGACCAAUUCAAGCUGAUAUUAAUGUCAAGAUAAAUAAUAUAAAAAAAGAAAGAGAUGAUUUAUCAGUCAAGUUGAAACAAGGUAUAAAUAUAAAUAAGGAUAGAUUAAAGGAGAUAAAAUUGGAGUUAAAACCAUUAGAAAAAGAAUUGAAUGAUUUAGAGAAUAAUUUAUACAUUAAAGCAGAGUCAUUACCUAAUUUGAUAGACGACUCUGUGCCUGAAGAACCUUUAAAUGAACAAGUGGUCAAGUUUUUAAACUGCAAUUCCGAGUCAGAUGCAUUAACCAGUCUACCACCAACUCAAUAUGAUCAUAAAUCAAUUAUGGAAGCAUUUAAUAUAGUCGAUUUUAAUGUUGCGUCAAGAAUAUCUGGUAGUUCAUGGUAUUUUCUAAUUGGAGAUGGUGCAUUGUUAGAACAAGCUUUAAUACAAUAUACUUUAAAAAAAGCAAGACGAUUAGGUUACAAAUUUAUCACUCCUCCAUCAAUAGUCAAAUCUGAAAUUAUAAAUGCUUGUGGCUUUAAACCAAAUGAUAAUAAUAAUGAGAAACAAAUUUAUCAAAUAGAAGACGAAAAUAAAAGUCUUACUGGAACUGCAGAAAUUCCAUUGGGUGCUUUCCAUUCAUCAACGAUUUUCGAAAGUGGGACAAAAUUUCCUAUUAAAUAUGUUGGAAUCUCAAGAUCUUAUAGAGCAGAAGCUGGUUCAAGUGGUAAAGAUACAAAAGGUUUAUAUAGAGUGCAUGAAUUUACCAAAGUUGAGCUAUUUCAUUUUACAACUUUAUCUAAAUCUAAACAAGAAUUACAAAAUUUGUUGAACCUUCAAAUUGACAUGAUCAAUGAUUUGAAUAUUAAAGCUAAAGUUUUAAAUAUGCCAAGUUCGGACUUAGGAUCUCCAGCGAUGAAAAAAUAUGAUAUCGAAGCUUGGAUGCCUGGCAAGCAAGCAUGGGGAGAAUUAACAAGUUGUUCAAAUUGUGGAGAUUAUCAAUCACGUAGAUUAGGUAUAAGAUAUAAUUUAGAUGAAGGGGAAAUAGUUGGUAAAAAGGCAAUUGGUCAUGUUGCAACAUUAAAUGGUACAGCAAUGGCAAUUCCAAGAGUGAUAAUUGCAAUAAUUGAACAAAAUUAUGAUCCAGUCACGAAUAGAAUUAAAAUUCCAAAAGUUUUACAACCUUAUAUGGAUGACAAAGAGUAUAUAGUUCCAAAUUAG